UGUACACGCAGGGUGUACCUCAACUGUCUUUCAAAAUAACUCAAUAAUAACACUGCCAUACUGCCGUUUUGGCUGACAAAAACUCAAAUCCAGCUAUGGUAGAAAUUGUUCCCUAUCAUCAUAAGUACUUGGAGGAAAUUUGUCAACUUAUAAAGAAAGAUUUAAGUGAGCCUUAUAGUAAAUAUGUAUAUAGAUAUUUUGUACAUCAAUGGCCUGAAUUUAGUUUUGUUGCUUUGCUCGAUGGCCAAAUGGUUGGUGCUGUUAUAAGCAAACAAGAUAUUCAUCGUGGAAAAAGCCUUCGAGGCUACAUCGCUAUGCUAGCCGUCAAAGACUCUUACCGUGGAAAGGGUAUUGCUACUCAACUAACAAAAACAAGUUUGAAUGUUAUGAUUGAAAAGGGUGCCCAAGAGAUUGUUUUAGAAACUGAAGUGGACAAUGAAGCUGCAAUGUAUUUCUACGAGCGAUUAGGUUUUUGCAGGUACAAACGGCUCUAUCGCUAUUAUUUGAAUGGCACAGAUGCGUUUCGCUAUAUAUUAUAUCCUUAAUACCACUAUACAAGAGCAGGGAUUGUUGCUGUCAAAGUAAUAUCCUUCGUAGUUGUAUAUAAUAAAGAAUAAACACUAGAUAUAAAUUAAGCUCAAGAUACCCAGCUAUGAAUAUAAUGUAUUGCAUGUUCUUUUGACACCUCACCAUAAACAUUCAUG